ACUGUAUUUAUAUACACUGUGCGACAAACAUUGUCUACAGCUGACUUCUCUUCUUGUGCCACGGAAAGCGAUUUCCGGUAAUUUUCAGGACGUGAAAUACGUUUUGAUACUAAGGAUAAUGUUGUCAAUGUUUAUUUGACAUCAGAGAACAUUUUGUAAGGCCUUGGAAUACUGGGCAAGCAUGCAAUUUAUUUACAAUUUUUCACGGGUAUUAAAUAUACUGCUUUCUGGGAGAAUCGAAUAACAGAGAAUCAGCUGAUUUCAAUGCCAAACAAACAAACAAGCAAAUGCCACUGAGUGUGGGCGGCAGUUUUCUCCGCGCUCUAAUCGGUGUGGUUGCGGCUGGGUAGUUUUGAAGAUUUUGUUAUAAAAUUCCAGUAUUUCUAAGAAGCCAUAGCCCUCGCUCGGCCGCCGAACAUUCGUCGUGCAGGAUUCGUUGCAAGCGCCAGUUGCAUAAGCCGCCUCCUCAGUUGAAGAUAUUCACCGUUGCGUGUGCCGCGACUGUAAAUCGAUUCAGGGAAGAUCGACAUACUACCGGAUACAUCGUGCAUCAUGACGCAGCAGUUUUUCUUCCGUCAGUUGUUUGACCGUGAGAGCUGCACCUACACCUACCUUCUGGCCGACCCGUGCUCGAAGGAGGCCGUUCUCAUCGAUCCAGUAAUCGAACUCUCCGAUCGAGAUGCCACUCUUGUCAAAGAUCUCGGUCUGAAACUCGUCUAUGUCAUCAAUACCCACAUGCACGCCGACCACAUAACUGGCACUGGCCGUCUGAAGCGUCUCGUCCCCGGCUGUAAGUCGGUCAUAUCGGCCACGUCGGGGGCGGAGGCCGACGUUAAGCUGGCUGACGGUGACAAGGUCAAGUUUGGAGCGCUCGAACUGGAGGUGCGAGCUACGCCCGGACAUACGGAAGGCUGUGUCACAUACGUGCUACACUCCCAGAGAAUGUGUUUCACCGGAGACGCUCUGCUGAUCCGCGGCUGUGGCAGGACUGACUUCCAGGGCGGCUCCAGUGAUACCCUGUAUGACUCGGUUCACGGCCGGAUCUUCUCACUGCCAGAAGACUACACCGUCUAUCCGGCUCACGAUUAUAAAGGUCAAACAGCCAGCACCGUCGGUGAAGAGAAGCGUUACAACCCGCGUCUGACGCGUAACAAAGAGGAAUUUAACGCGAUCAUGGCUGGUCUGAACCUCGCCUACCCCAAGAAGAUAGACGUGGCUCUUCCCGCGAACAAAGUGUGCGGUCUACAUAACAUUCCCGAGGAGGUGGCCGCCAUGCUGGGGGAUGCGAAACCAGCGUCCUCACCUAAGCUCCGCCACGGCGCCUGUUCGUCAUCCUCUGCACCAACAUCUCCCGCCGGUUCUUCUCUGCCCUCCUCUUCCUCCGCGCCUGCCACCGCCCCUGUCACCGACCCCACCCCCUCCCGGCCCCCGCGGCGCCGCCGCCGCAGGAGGGGGUCCCCGUGCGCCUGCCACCCGCGCCGAGCCAGCGACCGACGGCCGGCCUCCGGGGCGGUCAGGUCGUGUCAGGCCGCCCGGCUACCGGCCAAUCAGCGGCGGCCGCGCCGGCGGUGAGCGCCAAUCAGAGGCGAGGGGAAGGGCGGCGGCCGAUCAGAGGCGAGGGGGAAGCGCGGCGGCCAAUCAGAGGCGAGGGGGAAGAAUAGCAGCCAAUGAGAGGUGAAAGCGGUGUCUUUUGACCAAUCUGCGCAAGGGAAAUGUAAAAUCGUGGGUUGUGGUUGUGAUUUCGAUUGCGGGUGAAUUGGAUUUUUUAUUGAAAUGGUAUCCGAAUGCUGUUAGCUUCUGUCAAUGAUAACAUCCAUAUGACGCAGACUUUCGAUGCUCUAGGCCCAGUUUAUUGAUGCUUCUAAAUGAUGUGAAGUGAACCGAUAUAAGCAAAUGCUGAUUUGAGUGUUCAUGUGAGGUUUUGUCGGACUAUGCACGAAUAACGAAAUGAUCGUAUUGUUGCGCUGUGUGAUCAAUGAGCGAGUGUUUACGCAUGGGGAAAUUGUGCUGUAUUUACGCGGACUGCGAGCCGAGUUGUGCUUGAUCAACGAAUGAUGUGUCGCAAUGCAAUAUGAAAGAAAUUCGCCAGUAGAGAAUGUUUGGUGUUUUUCAUCAAAUCCCUGUAUGACACCGUGCUUUAUGAACAAGUAGCUCCACGCUUAAUUAUGCUGUAUGAACGCAUCACUUUAAUUCGCUAUCGAUAAAUACACCAUAAAAAGAGUA